UGUGGGCGCUGUGGGACCAGCAGUGGGGGGCAGUCAGGGGUUGCUGCUAAUUUAUUUUGCCUCCUGCAAGCAGAUCUGUCAGGCCACAGCAUGAACCCAGAAGACUGGAAUUCAGAGAUGGGGGAGGAGGCAUCACCAAUCCUCACAGCCCUGGAGCAGGCUAGCUUCACUGCAAGACCAAAUGGUCCCUCCUCUGACUUCAGUCCAAGUGUAGGCACACUGGGUGCUUUUGGAAGACCUAAUAGAAGUCGGCAUACGCAGGAUCAUUUUGGAGGGUAUUCUGGGGGUAGAGGUAGUGAUGAAUCUAUGAACAGAUGGUGUCAUCCAGUGAAUACAUUUGGUAGCAGAAGGGAUUUUGCCAACAGAGGUUUUCAAGAAAGGAACGCUGUAGAAAAUCCCAUUACACAAAGUAGAGGUUUUGGAAGAUGUCCUGGUGGCCUUGGACGACGUGAGGGUAUUAAAGAUGAGCAAAGAGAAAGACCUCAGUCUGGCACUUUCUUUAGCUCUGCAGGAAGAGGAGCAUUUGGAGGUGCAGCAGCUUCCAAAGAACACAGUGAAGAAAUAGGAUCUGGAAGAGGUCCAAAGGUGACUUACGUGCCCCCUCCUCCACCUGAUGAUGAACCAGCCAUCUUUGCACGUUACCAGACAGGAAUUAAUUUUGACAAGUAUGAUGAAAAUGUGGUUGAAGUGUCAGGACUUGACCCUCCAGCACCAUUACUGACUUUUGAAGAAGCUAACCUCUGUCCCACGUUAAAUGUGAACAUUGCUAAAGCUGGGUACUCUAAGCUUACUCCAGUGCAGAAGUACAGCAUUCCUAUUAUACUAGCAGGACGGGAUUUAAUGGCAUGUGCCCAGACAGGAUCAGGAAAAACUGCAGCUUUUCUUUUACCAAUUGUGGCCCACAUGAUGAGAAAUGGCAUAACUGCCACCAGCUUUAAAGAGCAGCAAGAGCCGGAAUGUGUUAUUGUCGCUCCAACUAGAGAGCUGAUAAAUCAGAUCUUUCUAGAAGCAAGGAAAUUUGUGUAUGGAACUUGUAUAAGGCCUGUUGUGGUCUAUGGAGGUACACAAACAAGCCAUUCAAUCCGUCAGAUAAUGCAAGGCUGUAAUAUACUGUGUGCCACUCCAGGAAGGCUUCUAGACAUAAUUGCAAGACAGAAGAUUGCUUUGCAUAACGUGAAAUACUUGGUGCUAGAUGAAGCAGACCGCAUGCUUGAUAUGGGUUUUGGGGUAGAUAUAAAGAAGCUGGUUUCUCUCCCAAGCAUGCCACCAAAAGAGAAACGUCAAACACUAAUGUUUAGUGCCACUUUUCCUGAAGAAGUUCAGAGGCUGGCUGCUGAAUUUUUGAAGCGUGAUUAUUUAUUUGUUGUUGUUGGGCAUGUGGGUGGAGCUUGCAGUGAUGUUCAGCAAAAUGUUCUUCAGGUUCCUCAGUAUUCCAAGAGGGAUAAACUGAUAGAAAUUCUGCAAAGCAUAGGUCAUGAGCGAACCAUGGUGUUCGUGGACAAAAAAAAAAAAGCAGACUACAUUGCCGCCUUUCUUUGUCAAGAAAAAAUAGCUGCUACUAGCAUCCAUGGAGAUAGAGAACAGAGAGAGAGAGAAGCAGCUCUUCAGGAUUUUCGUUCUGGAAAGUGUCCAGUUCUUGUGGCAACUUCAGUGGCAGCAAGAGGUCUGGAUAUUGAAAAUGUUCAACAUGUUAUUAAUUUUGAUCUUCCUUCCACCAUUGAAGAGUACGUACACCGAAUUGGACGAACUGGUCGUUGUGGAAAUACAGGCAAAGCAGUUUGCUUCUUCGAUAACACUUCAGAUGGCCAUCUUGCACAAUCUCUCGUUAAAGUGCUUUCAGAUGCCCAGCAGGAAGUUCCUGUUUGGUUGGAAGAAAUUGCCUUUAGUUUUCAAGGAGAAAGAUUCUUUACACCACCUAAUAUCCAGAAGAAUUACAGAGGCAGAGGCAACAUGGGCCCAGAAAGAAUGAAGAUGGUGUAUUCUGGAAGUGCACAGGAGUCAUGGGAUUAGAACUACUUCAGUAUCAAACUAGAUUGUAUUCUGUUGUGCUUUAGGUGAACUGUUGCUGUUCAUGUUCCUUACUGUUGAUCUUUUGAAGUAUGUUCUUCUUCAAUGUUUAAAAGAGUAGUUCGUAUUAUAUGCUAAAGCUUUCAGCAAUGUAUAUAUGCUCUGUUAUGAUGAACCCAGUGAUGAUUAUCACUUAAUGUAAGAAGUCAAAAGUAAUUUCUUAGGAAACAGUU